AUGAAAUCAAAGCUUCUCUGGGAUGGAGAGUGGUGUAUUAAUGGGUUGGUGACGAUCCUUGUGGAGAUGAAGACCUUCCUCCUUGGUCUGCUGUCACAUGUUCUACACAGGGAGACUAUAGGAGAAGUUUACGCGGUUUCGAAUGUUGGACCAUUUGCCAUUGCAGUAACAAACCUUCUGGAUCUGACUAGGCUUAGGUUUACGCUUAAGAAGCAGCUUUACGCUUUAGGAGGAACAUGUGGAGUAGGGUUUACACCUCAUGUAAUUGAGGUCAAAACUGGAGAGGACAUAGCUAUGAAGGUAGUGGCGUUCACGCAACAGGGUCCACGCGCGAUCUGUAUUCUCUCAGCUACCGGGGCCGUGUCUACUGUGAUGUUUCGUCAAGCUAACUAUCCUAAUGGAGUUGUUAAGUAUGAGCUUUAG